AUGGCAUGGUCUAAUCUCCCCAUAGAUCUCCUAUGUUUCAUCUCAUCGCACUUGACCAUUGUAGACUUAAUCCGAUUAUCUGUUGUCUGCACCUCAUGGAGUUUCACUCUUACCAACUAUGCACUCCUUGGAUUUCAAUGUUGUCCCUCCCCAUGGUUGCUCCUUUCUAAUGAUUCCGAGGAGGCUUCCGACAUACUCACCUUCCGCGAACUUUCCAUAGCAAGAGAAGUAGCUGUCCUCAGCUUCCAUCGUUGCUUCUCCUCCAUUGGUAGCUUCACAUGUGGCCGCCGUUGUUUUGGCUCCAAGGAUGGAUGGCUUGUGACCCUUGACAAAAUGGAUCUACAACCUCGCCUCUUCAAUCCUAUCACAAAGGCCGAAAUAUCACUCCCAUCCCUUUCCACCUUGAUCGAGCCACAAUAUGCCCUUGACGGUUCCAUCAGGAUUCCUUACAAUCAAAUUUUCUUGGACUUUUCAACUGAUGACUUACGUGAUAUAUAUUUUCAUAAGAUCAUUGUCUCCUCAAAUGACUCCUCUAGAACUGUUGUUGUUAUCUUUGGCAUUACAAAAGCGCUUGCUUUGGCAAGGCCAGAAGAUCUUACUUGGGUUCUCGGGCCACAACUAUCUCUUUAUAAUAUCGAGGACGAGGAGCAGUUUGAGGAUGUUUACUAUCAUGAAGAAAAUCAAAGAUUUUAUGCAAUCACAAAUUUUUCUAUGGUUCUUUCUUUUGACCUCAAUGGACAAAAUGUUGAAUUAAUAUGCCCGAAUAUGCCCAACCCUUAUUAUCACACCAGAAAUGUUGAAUGUAUGUAUUAUAUUGCCUUUUUGUCAGGAACUCUUCUAAAAAUAGAGAGGGUGGUUGAUAUUACUCUUCAUAGUCACCAUUACGCAAAGACGAUGAAUAUCUCUGUUUUCAAGUUUGAGCCAGCUAUUAUUUCUUCUACUUCUUCUUCUUCUUCUUCAUACUCUCAAUGGAUCCCAAUCAACGAGCUGGAGAAAUACUCCUUUUUUGUGGGUUGUAAUCAGACAUUUUCUUUGAAUCACACAGUUGCUACAGGAAUUAUACCAAACUGCAUAUAUUUCGCCGAUCAUUCGAGCAACAUGUUUCCAUGUGAUGCUGAUUGUGAUGUUGGAGUUUGUGAUGUUUACAAUGAUCGCAUUCAAUAUAUCCUUCACCCUUAUUCACGAACUAAUUGGCCACCAUCAUUAUGGUUUACACCAUCACUUUUAUAA